AUGGACGCAACAACGACGCCCAGCAACCGAGUCGGACGCCGAUACCGGUCCAAGAAACAGCGACCGUGCGAUCUCUGCCGCACGCGCAAGAUCCAGUGCAAGCUCCAGAGCCAGGAGACCGUGUGCGAGCUCUGCCGGAGGCUGAGCAGGCAGUGCAGCUAUGUCCUCGGUCCCGCCCGGCGCAGAGAACAGCCACGCCCGGGCUCAGGCGGGAACCGCAUGGAGCAGCCGCCAUUCAACAACGUGCCGUUCCACGAGGAGCAGCUCUCGCAGCCUUUCAACGUGUUCGAUCCGUCCGGAUUCAACGGAGAUCUUGCGCUUCUGGAACAAUGGCCGACCACGACGCAUCCCUUGCUUGGCGGGCCCUUCCCAGAGGCGGAUGGUACCAACAUGACGGGCGAUUACAACAUGGGUGUCUCCUUGGGAAGCCUGCCUGAGCUGAUGCCGACAUCUCAGUUCGAGCUACGUCCGAGCUCUCAACAUACAGUGCCGAGUACGUCUUCCGCCUCGCCUUGCGAUAGGGCGGCUCCCCAUACGCUCGCUGUCGCUCGGUCACCAGCAAGCAGUCGCGACGCUUCACAGAGGGCACUGUGGCCGACAGAGUACUCGCUGGAGGCCAAGAGAGGCUACUCGAACCAGCUGAUUGGCCUUUCUUGCGAGUCGGACCCUUUUCUCCUCAGACACUACAAGUAUGACGCCCUCGACAACUACCACAUGUUCCGACUCGACUUCCGCAGGGUCACAGGAAAGGCUAGAAUGCUUCCCGCACCACCACUGGAGGCCGAUGCAGAGAGCCACGCCGGGCACACGACAGCCACGAACGUCCCGGUUCAAUUCAUGAUGUGCGACGAGACAAUCUGGAGCGAUGACCUGAAGGCGACCGAGAGAAUGCUAUCACGAUCGGGCGAGGGGACAGAAGCCGCCGACAUGGCGCUGCUUCACAAGAUUGUGGAUGUACAGCUCGGCAAGAAGCUCAUCAAGCUGUAUUCUCGCUUCGUGCAUCCCCGCUACCCUGUUCUCUCUCCAUCAGAUCUUCGACACAUGCUAUCAAAGGACAAUAGACAGGCCGUCUCGAUAGGCAUCCAGAGCGCCGUCUUCGCCCUCGCCGCCCCGUUCACGUUCCUCGACGACGAGCUCAGCGUGUCGAACGGCUACGGCGGCGUACCUACCGACGAACUCUGGGACAUUGCGCAGCGCAGCUUCCACAGGUCAAGCUGCUUCACACAUCUCAGCCUUCUCCAGCUGUGCCUGCUGCUGCUCAACAAGCCGCCCGAGAACUUUGUCGUGGCCGAGCCUGUCAAGUACUGGGCCUUGUCUUGCACUUCGGUAGCCAUAGCAGAAACGCUUGGGGUCAACGUCGAGCCAAAGGACUGGCGGAUUCCGCGAGAAGAGGUGAUGCUGCGGCGGAGGUUAUGGUGGCUCAUGUACGUCGGGCACACGUGGCACGCGCUUGUGUGCGGCCGAUCUUCCCACAUCAAUGACACGAAUUGGUCCGUCUCUCCACUGCACGAGGAAGACUUUGAGACAAGCGAGGCAGGGAGUGCAGAGGUCGGUAUAUUCACCAGGCAGCAGAUCCCCCUUUGUCUGGCGCAGAGUGAGCUCGCAGUCAUCGCGGCCGACAUCCUCAGGGAGUUCUACUCUGUAAGGGCCAUCGCGGAACCCGUUGUGCUCACGACGCUCCUGGCCCGCGCUCAGCCACUUCGCACGCGGAUCGAGACCUGGCGUCAGAGCCACCACCCGUUGUUGUCCACACAGGCCGCGGACUCGACGAAGGACGACUUUGGGAGCGGCGCAUUUCUCCGCCUCCAGCACCUGACCCUGGAAAUCAUGAUUCUGCGCGCCCUGCUCCGGCCCUUGUCCAACGAGGCCAUGCCGGCAGAGGAGAAGAGCCUGGAGCCAGUGUCCACCAUCUUUGAGAACUGCGCCGUCUGCGUGACCGUGGCCAAGGAGAUUGUGUCGUCACUUGGGGCGAAAGACUUUGCUCAAUUCUGGCCACAUUACACUCGAUUCCAGAUAUGCUAUGUCUCGACUCUCCUGCUGUUGACCCUCGCUCAGUCAGGCACCGGCGAUAUAGCGAUCCGGAACAAGGAGCUACUUGAUGAGUGGAGAGACACGCUGCGCAUGCAAGCAAGAGCAUGGCCGCUGGCUAGACUGGCCGCUAUGAGACUGGACGCCUCUUUCUGGAAGGGCAUUCCAUCCGUCAUCCACGGUGCAGGAGCGGACAGCCCAGCCCUCAAGCUCUUUGAGGAACUAGCAUCAGCAAGACAAGCUCAGGAGGACAACGGCGACUGA